AUGCUUCAUUUUACCACUCUAUUUCAGUCAUUGAUCGCAUCGAUCCUGCUCACAGAACAACGGGCACAUGCAACAUAUAUUCCAAAUGAACUGGAGCGUGGCCUGGUCCAUCCUCGCCGACAAUAUGUUGGAGACUGCUCUUUGGAUGUUACAGUGACAAAAGUGUUCAUUCUGAUCCCUAUUCAUAUCAACUAUUAUGCCACAGCAAAUACAACUCUCCAAGUACAUGACUAUCUGACAUUACAUGUCGACAAUGCACCCACUACGAUCAAUGCCAUAUACACGGGAACCAGUGUGUCGUACGUCAAGCAGUCAACCACGACUACAACGAGCACAGCUAUCCCUACGAUCAAUAUUUCGCAGUUUAGCUACGUCACUGGGUAUACAUUUCUCCUGUCACUUUCAGCUGUCGAAGGUCAUCAAAGGCGAAGUUAUGGAAAGAAGAAUAAACGGCUGCGAAAGCGACAGAAUCCCAUAUAUCUUGGUGGAUCAGGCCAGGUCACCAACAGUUGUCAGAAUGCCGUAGUGUACAACCUCCUCAACGGGCAGCUAUUUGCAAACACCAGCUCUGGCGCGACCCAAUAUGGCACCACUGCUGGCACGAUCUAUGCGAAUUUCACUCCCAGUGCGAGCCCUGGGGACAUCACCAGCACCUUCUCCGUUGAUUCUCAAAAUAACCUCCUGUGGUCACAUCCUGACUUCUAUAACAACUUUGCCCGGUUUUGUGUCCUCGAGGACAACACGAUCGUGGCUGUCUUUGGAGAGCCGUCCCUUGCUCCUUCAAAUUGCGUGUUUGUCCUUUUGAGCAUGACUAGGGUUAGCACCUGUGCUGGUGGAGCCGGAAGACCUCAAGUGAGCGGGCCACCAGGUCCUCAAGGAAGUCCAGGUUUGUCCUGUCUCGAAACCACGUAUGCGACACAACUAACUAUAUCUUAUGCCCCACUGGAUCGCAAGGAGAACCAGGUUUGUAUUAAUGAAUUUAUGGAGAAGUCUACCGCUGAUUUAACCUUAGGCCCUUCGGGACCUCGAGGAGAAACUGGACCAACUGGCUCUCCCGGACCCCAGGGCUACGCUGGACCUCAAGGCGACCCAGGACCACAGGGACCAGUGGGACCGCAAGGGGAUCCUGGACCUCAAGGCGCCACAGGAGCACAAGGAGAGACAGGAGCCACGGGGGCCACUGGACCUCAAGGUUUGAUCGGAGCAACUGGAGCAACUGGGCCGCAAGGCUCUCCUGGACCUCAGGGUGCAGUUGGGCCCGCUGGGCCACAAGGAUCGCCUGGCGCCACUGGGGCAACUGGACCCCAAGGUGAGACUGGAGCGACUGGAGCCACAGGUGCGACCGGUGCAACUGGACCACAAGGAGCGCCUGGACCGCAAGGCCCGCCUGGACCGACAGGUGCAACUGGUGCUACGGGAUCUCAGGGUGGAACUGGAGCGCAAGGCUCACCAGGAGCGACUGGACCACAAGGAGCUGUUGGGCCACAAGGCUCGCCUGGAGCAACCGGAGCGACAGGGGCGACCGGCUCAACUGGACCUCAAGGGGCGCAAGGAGCGGCUGGACCGCAAGGAGUACCUGGACCACAAGGCUCGCCGGGAGCGACAGGUGCAACUGGGCCACAAGGUUCGACCGGCGCAACUGGAGUGCAGGGCGUAGCAGGACCACAAGGACCACAAGGACCACAAGGACCACAAGGACCGGCAGGGCCAGCAGGAGCAACGGGGCCGCAGGGAUCAGCGUCAAUACAGUUCGCAUAUCUUGGGUGCUACGCGCAAACCUGCUCUCCCAAUGCGGCGGCGUGCUCGCUAGGGUACUAUGGCCUGGAUGACAAGACGACAGCGGGCGGGUAUCUCACAACGUAUCCUGGCUCAAGCACACAGAACAUUGCAUCGCAGUGUGCCAAUGCUUGCAUGAGUCGCGGGGAUCGAAAUUUCUUUGGGACAGUGCAGAACGGUACGACGCAAGGAGACUGCUAUUGUGGAAUUAAAAUCACCUCGCCAUCUUCGCAGGUGGUCGACAAUUGCGUCGCUUGUAAUGGACAGAAUAUUGGGCAGUGUGGGAGGGCGGGCAUGGCGAUUGCGGUGUAUGCGAGGGCUUUUUGAGGACGAGGAGGUGCGGUGCACCUUAUUUUUCAUUCCAUAGAUGAAAUCUAUUC